AUGCGAUUGUUUUUUGCUGUUGCAGCAGCUCUUCGUUGGCAUAUCCAUCAAUUGGAUAUUAAUAACGCCUUUCUACACGGAUAUUUGGAAGAAGAAAUUUAUAUGUCCCCUCCAGAGGGUUAUUCUGUGUCUCAAGGCCAUGUAUGCCGCCUCAAGCGUUCGCUUUACGGGCUGAAGCAGGCGUCACGACAGUGGAACCAUGAGUUCACUACACAAAUUGUUGCCUUUGGUUUCGUUCAGUCGAAGCAUGAUUGCUGUCUUUUGACAAAGACCUCCACUGAUGGUUUUUUGGUGUUGUUGCUUUAUGUCGAUGAUAUCCUCGUUGUAGGUACGUUUACUGAGCACAUAGCUGCAGUCAAGGAUUACCUUGAUCGCUUAUUCACCAUCAAGGAUUUGGGCGUCGCCAAGUACUUCUUGGGGUUGGAAGUAGCUCGCUCUUCUCAAGGUAUCAUUGUCACUCAAACUAAAUAUAUCAAGGAUAUCAUGAUAGACACUAGUAUGCGUCAUGCUCGUGCUGUGACCACACCUCUGCCUCCAGGUAUUAAAUUUAUAGAGGAUGCAGGCGCUCAGCUUCCUCAUCCUGAACUUUACCGUCGUCUUGUUGGUAGGCUUCUCUAUCUCAAUUUCACAAGACCGGACACUUCCCACGCUUGCCAACAACUUAGCGAGUUCUUGCAGCGUCCCUGUCAACGGCAUCUUGGUGCUGCUUUGCAUCUUGUUCAAUACCUCAAAGGGACCCUUCACAAGGGGUUGUUCUUUCCUUCUCAAAAUUCCCUGGAGUUGCGCGCUUAUUCUGAUGCCGAUUGGGCUAGUUGCAUUGAUACUAGGCGUUCCUUGACCGGGUAUUGUAUCUUUCUUGGUGAUGCCUUGGUUUCUUGGAAAAUCAAGAAACAGAAUAUUGUUUCUCAUUCGACGGCAGAGGCGGAAUAUCGUAGUAUGGGCUCUACUAUCUGUGAACUAACUUGGGUGGUUUAUCUGUUGAUGGAUUUCGGCAUUUCUGCGUCUAUUCCCAUUCCAUUUUUCUGUGAUAACCAAGCUGCGCUCCACAUUGUUAAUAACCCUGUUUUCCAUGAACGCACGAAGCAUUUGGACAUCGACUGCCAUAUCGUUCGCGACAAGUUUAAGUUCGGGCUAAUUAACCCCGUGCAUGUGCCCGGUAAAGCUCAACUUGCCGAUUUUUUCACCAAGUCCUUACCUGCGCCUUCCUUUUUUCGUUUCCUCUCCAAGUUGGGCUUGGUUGACUUCACCCCAAGUCCAACUUGUGGGGGGGCUGAAGGAAUUCAUGGAGAAGAAGAGGCUCUAUUUUCACCCGCAAUCACUUAG